AUGACCUCUGCAUUACGAUGCUUCCAAAUUGAUGAAACUUUGCAAUCAACAAUCUCUAGGGUUUUCAUCAGUUUCAAGGCGCCGUUAACUUCCCCGGCGUCUACGUCGGCAGCGUCAGCUGCAGCAGCCAAGUUUUCUUCUUCAUCUUCGACCACUACCGCUGCCAAAUCAGCUACUUCAAAAGCGGCUCAUAAAACUCCGAAAAAGUCGACCACUUCACCCAAGGUUGAAAAACCAGCUACGCCCCGAACCACGACUCGACCGUCCGGGAUUUUUAAAAUCGCCCCUGUUUCCCCUGCUUUGGGUCGAUUCCUUGGAGCUCAACAAGCUUCCCGUACGGACGCUGUUAAGCAGAUCUGGAACUAUAUCAAAUCCCACAACCUCCAGAAUCCUGAUAACAAGAGGGAGAUCUUUUGUGAUGAGAAGCUUAAGACCAUUUUCAAUGGAAAAGAAAAGGUCGGUUUCCUGGAGAUUGGGAAAAUGCUAUCACGCCACUUUGUGAAGUCUGUCUGACCCCUUUUUUCAUAUUUGGCCAUUGGUUGCCCAACCAACAUUGAGCUAUAUAGCUCUUCUGUCAUUCUUAACUGAACUCUUUUCAUGUAUAUUCAUGUUUUGAGAGCUGAGCUGUCUGGGGGUAGCCUUGCAACUAAGAAAAAGGUCCAAGUUGGACUUGUGUAAAAAUUCAGUAGGGACCAGGGA